AUGGAGCUGAGUGGAACGCAAGACACUGGUCCGCGUAUUGACGAGCAUUUUGACCGCAUCCGUGCCAACCUGAUUCGCUGCGAGGAGUGCAAUGAGAACUUUUUCUUUGACUUUUGCGGCACCCCCGCUACUUUGUAA